AAGAUUCACGGAAUUAUCGAAACAGGAUCCGAAUGUUGAGAAUUAGGCAACAAACUGCGUCGUCGCAGCGGUACGAACGAACCGCUCGCACUCGUGCUCGUGUUUGUUUUCCAAAGGGGGAGAAGGAAUUUUAGGGCUGGUACUGCAGAGAUCGGAGAGUUGACGGGCGAUUGUCGGUCCGGAAGGGAGCUCGAUCGAUCGAUCGAUCAGAGCGGCAAUGGAUGCGGAUCGCAAGAGCGAGGGGAGAAUCAAGAGCAGGAAGAAAGGCUCGAGCGGUGGACGCGAGCAGAUUGCCGCCGGCGCCGCCGAGAAGAGCACAUUGAGUGGCGUCAAGGCUGGGCGAGUGAGGAAACCGAAGCGAGGCAAUCGAGCUGGUGCCGGACGGCGUCGCCGUGCGUCAUUCAAUGAUGCGAAUGGCGCUCCGAGUGUUGUGAGUGGAGGAGGCCCCGAUUCCGAGCGUCGAAAGCCCAAGAAGAAAGGGAAAUUGGAUGAUGUCCGAGACGCUUCUGAUGAUGAAAGGCUCCAGCAGUCCUUGGCCUUGUUUGAGUCCAAGAAAUCCGCGUCUAAAAAGCCCAAGUCGAAAUCAAAAGGGUCCAAAGCCAAAUCCGAGGGAGAAAUUCCUGUUCUUGAGCAAGCCGAACUAGCCAUGGAGGUCUCGCAUUUGGGGCCCAAACCCGUUACCUUUCUUGAUAAGGCCCGUGCAAGGCUAACUGGAAGCCGAUUUCGAAUGUUAAAUGAGUCACUCUACACCUGCAAUGGUGAUGAAGCGUUUGAGCUUUUCCAACAGGAUCCAGCUGCUUUUGAUCUGUAUCAUACAGGAUACCAGGAGCAGAUGGCAAAAUGGCCCGUGUUACCUGUAACCGCGGUGACAACUUGGCUGAAGGCCCGUAGUCCCAACCUAGUAGUAGCCGAUUUUGGUUGCGGUGAUGCCAGAUUGGCCAAAAGUGUUCCAAAUAAAGUGUUUUCCCUGGACCUUGUAUCCUCGGACCCUGCGGUGAUUGCUUGCAAUAUGGCGAAGACGCCGUUGGAGACUUCAUCCAUUGAUGUUGCUGUGUUUUGCCUGUCUUUGAUGGGAACAGAUUAUCCAAAGUUCAUAGAAGAAGCGCAUCGUGUCUUGAAAUCCAGGGGCUGGAUGGUAGUUGCAGAAGUCAAAAGUCGUCUCGAUGCGGGCAAUGGUGGUGCUGGCCCUCAAGCAUUCAUCUCUGCCCUCAAGUCUUUUGGAUUUGCUCUUGAUUCUCAGGAUAGCAGUAAUAAGAUGUUUCAUAUGUUUUACUUCCAGAAAGAGGGAUACAAGCACGACGCAAAGCGGAAAAUUAACUGGCCAGAGUUGAAACCAUGUAUAUACAAACGGAGAUGACGAACGUAAGAGAUGAAAAGGAUCUGGUCCGGCUCUAAGUUUAGUAAUUGGAGAGAAAGUUAACAUGAAACAGAGUUGCUCCUAUUUAUCUUGGCACAUCAUGCCGUCAAUUUUGUAAAUUAAGCAGCUCGGCGGUUGACUAGAAGUGCUUUCGUAAAAAUAUAAACAGUAUUUUACUGUUUACAUUUUUAUGUGAGGUAUUUAGUGUUUCCCGACGGUGCAUGCUUCCCGAUCAUGCGUUCCAAGCAAUUUCAGUCGGUGGUGAUUUGUAUGGUGCCUGGGCUCGUUGUGGAUGGAAUUGGCAAUUUGCCCAGAAUGGGCUCCUGAUAAGCAGGCUAACUCUGUUUACGAACAGUUCACAGUGCUAGCGGCCAUGGAAAUAUUGGAAGACAAGGUACGUGUUUUCAGGUGGAUUGCAAUAGGCUGUAGCGUUUGCACUGAACGUGUGCUACUGUUGUACUGUGCUCUCGCGUGUUUGAUGUUGGGUGGUUCCUCUACAGUUCUGCCUUUUGCUUUCUUUACUAUUUUUGUCUCAUUUUGUAGCCCGUGCUUUGGGUCUGAAGUUGUGAAUAGCGACGUGGACUACAUGUAUAGAACAGUAAAAGAAGUAAUCUUGGAUGCAUCCAAAAUAUAUAUCGGAUAUAGAAUAUUUUUGAGUAUAUAUCGGGCUAAAGUAGGCAUUACUACUUAAUGCACGAGUGGACUUCGGGUUGAGUAUACAAUUCGUAUUUGCAAUGCACUCAGACUCAAAAGUCUGCAACCAACUUAGCAUCAAUAAGUCAUGUAUCAGAUUGCCGAGCAAAAAUUGAAUUUUAAAUGAUAAGUAAUGCAGCUCGUCAGUGCGUAAUGUAUACAUUUGUAAUGCACUCUUGUAGUUUGUCACAUUCUCUAAAUUCGGGAUCAAAUUCAAUAAAAGACAUCUUUCCGUAUCUACCUUGAAGUAGGAUCAUGCAAUUGUAUCAAGUAUAGUGUCAAUUGAGUGUUGCAAUCUGGACCUCAUAGUUGGAAGAAUCCGAGCACGCGGUACA